CCCCCCCCGCGCGCACCCGUCGGCGACCCCCGCCUGCGCCCCGGCCGGCCCCCCCCUCGAAAUUUAAAGGGGGCGCAGCCUUCGCGCCGCCCGCCGCAGGUGACCUCCCGGGGGUCUCCCGCCAGAGGUGCCCCGCCGCCGAGGAACAUGGCGAAGGUGGAGCAGGUCCUGAGCCUCGAGCCGCAGCACGAGCUCAAAUUCCGAGGUCCCUUCACUGAUGUUGUCACCACCAACCUAAAGCUUGGCAACCCGACAGACCGAAAUGUGUGUUUUAAAGUGAAGACCACAGCACCACGUAGGUACUGCGUGAGGCCCAACAGUGGGAUCAUUGGUGCAGGGCUCUCGAUUAAUGUAUCUGUGAUGUUACAGCCUUUCGAUUAUGAUCCCAAUGAGAAAAGUAAACACAAGUUUAUGGUUCAGUCUAUGUUUGCUCCACCUGACACUUCUGAUAUGGAAGCAGUAUGGAAGGAGGCAAAACCGGAAGACCUUAUGGAUUCAAAACUUAGAUGUGUGUUUGAAUUGCCAGCAGAAAAUGAUAAACCACAUGACGUAGAAAUAAAUAAAAUUAUAUCCACAACUGCAUCAAAGACAGAAGCACCAGCGGUGUCUAAAGCUCUGAGUUCUUCUUUGGAUGACUCCGCAGUUAAGAAGGUGAUGGAAGAGUGUAAGAGGCUGCAGGGCGAAGUUCAGAGGCUGCAGGAGGAGAACAAGCACUUCAAGGAAGAAGAUGAACUUCGGAUGAGGAAGACUGUGCAGAGCAAUAGCCCUGUUCCCGCAUUAGCCCCGGCUGAGAAGGAGGAGGGCCUCAGCACCCGGCUACUUGCGCUGGUGGUUUUGUUCUUUAUCGUUGGUGUAAUCGUAGGGAAGAUCACCUUGUAGAGGCAGCAUGCGAAGGAUGGUAAAUGGGAUUGAUGGAUCCGCCAUAAUCAUGGGAUUUAAAUUUAUCGUAACCAUGUGUAAAAAGAAAUUAAUGUAUGACGACAUCUCACAGGUCUUGCCUUUAAAUUAUCCCUCCCUGUGCGUGUACGCGCACACACACACAAAUAUAACAUGUAACAAUCUUUUAGAAAGUUAAAAAUGUAUACUAAAUGAUUGGGGGAAAAGAAUGAUCCUUAUUAAUGACAAGGGAAACCAUGAUUAAAUGACAAUGGCAUGUUGUAAAUGUCAUUUUAACCAUUUGUAGCCUUGGUACAUGUUGCUGGAUUACCUCUCUAAAAACAAGACGCUCUUCCUUGCCUGUUGGUGCUGGCCCUUGGGGAGCUGGAGCCCAGUGCGGCGGGGAGUGCUGUCGCCUCCGCGUGGUAACCCCAGGCUGCUCACUCACUCCCCGGCUGCUUCCCCUCUGCCCCGGGCACCAGUUCCUUAGGACUGGUGAACAGAGUCAGAAGCUGAAAAGAAUUGUGCUGUGGCAACAUCAGAUCUGCUUGUCAAGAGCGGGAGGCGAAUGUCGACUGAUUGACCCAACGUUUUGGAAAUAAAAGUGCUUUGUUCUCUUUAAGGGACCAAGCUCAAUUACUUUGG